AUGGCCAUCGAUAAACAUGGAAGGGACACUGUGCAGGCAGCCGAAGCUGCCCAUGCCCAAGCGGUUGUCAAUGCCGCCACCGAGAAGCUGGAGGAGGACCAGUGCGAGGAGGCAUUAGCCUCCCCAUCGGGUCAGAUCGAGCUCACGGAAGAUAUGUGCUAUGAUCAGUUGGGAUACUCCUUCAGUGAAACCAAAAAAUGGACCAUCAUCACCGUGAUCUUCCUGGUGCAGGUCUCCAUGAACUUCAACACAUCACUCUACUCCAACGCCCUCGGAGGUAUAUCCGAAGAAUUUGGGGUCUCCAUGCAAGCCGCACGAUGCGGUGCGAUGAUCUUUUUGGUUCUCUACGCCUUCGGAUGUGAGCUCUGGGCCCCGUGGAGUGAGGAGCUGGGUCGCAAGCCCAUCCUCCAGGCUUCGCUGUUCCUCGUUAACGUCUUCCAACUUCCCGUGGCCUUGGCCCCCAACUUUGCCUCUAUCAUGGUCGGCCGUGCCCUGGGAGGUCUCUCGUCGGCCGGCGGUUCGGUUACCCUGGGUAUGAUCGCUGAUAUGUGGGAGCCCGAUUCCCAGCAAUACGCUGUUGCUGCGGUGGUUUUCUCUUCCGUCGGUGGAUCUGUGCUGGGCCCCGUUGUUGGUGGCUUCGUCGAGGCUUUCCUGCCGUGGCGGUGGGCUAUCUGGAUUCAGCUGAUUUUCGGUGGAUUUGUGCAAAUCCUUCACUUUGUCCUUGUCCCAGAGACCAGAACCACCGUGAUGAUGGACCGUAUUGCUAAGAAGAUGCGUACGUCCGGCGAGAACCCUCAGAUCUAUGGUCCCACCGAGGGCAUGUCCUUCCGUGAACGGUUCCCACCUUCUGAGAUCAUGGCGACAUGGAUUCGUCCCUUCAAGAUGUUCCUUACCGAGCCUAUUGUCUUGGUCCUUUCUCUACUCAGUGGUUUCAGUGAUGCUCUGAUUUUCAUGUUCAUCCAAUCUCUUGCUCUGGUGUACGACCAGUGGGGCUUCAACACCUGGGAGAAGGGUCUUGCCUUCAUUCCUAUUGUCAUCGGUUACUUCAUCGCCUGGUUCUCAUUCUUCCCGGUCAUCAAGCGCAACAUCAAGGAGCGCAAUGAUCACCCGGAAAGUGAGCGUGCGCAAUACGAAUCCCGUCUGUGGUGGCUACUGUACACUGCCCCUUGCCUGCCUAUUGGUCUGAUUGGCUUUGCCUGGACCAGUCUGCCUUCCACACACUGGAUCGGAUCUAUGAUCUUCGCUGCCAUCAUUGGUAUUGCCAACUACGCUAUCUACAUGGCAACCAUUGAUUAUAUGAUCUGCGCCUACGGCCCAUACUCUGCUUCAGCCACUGGUGGCAAUGGAUGGUCUCGUGAUUUCCUUGCUGGUGUCCUCACUAUUCCGGCCACACCUUUCUUCGAAAACAUUGGUGGCGAAAGGCACCUUGAAUACGCCUCGACCAUUCUCUUCUGUAUUUCGGUUCCCCUGGUUGUUGCCGUCUACAUCAUUUACUGGAAGGGUCCCACACUUCGCAAGCGCUCUCCCUUUGCCCAGCAACUCGAGGAUGCCCGUGUCCAGUUGCACACCAACAUCGACAGCCGACGUGGAUCCAAGGUCCCCGAAGAGUCCCGUGCAAACUCCUGGGCUCGAUCCCAGCAGGACCUACGCAUCCGUCCCAACGCUGGAAGCCGAGGCAAUUCGCGAGUCAACUCGCGAGUCAACUCCCAAGCCAACUCGCGCGUCGCUUCCCGACGCAACAGUGCCGUCAAUGCUUAA